AUGAAAGAUUUACAUCGAUGUAAUAUUUCUCAAACAUGUAGAACUUUACACAAUUUCACUUCAACUUUGUAUUCAGCAUUUGACUUUCCACUUUCUCCAAAUAAAAUAACUUCUUUAGCUCAAAAAAGACAAUCUAUAGUAACUGCGGAUAAUUUUCAAAGCGUUCCUACAAUUUUGGUUCGUUCUGGAGUUUACAAUAUUGCAAUUGGGUUUAGUAAUGGUGAUGAUUAUUCCGCCAUAUUUUUUAAUAAAAAAUGUAUUGUCAGAGUUGUCAAGGUUAAACAUCCUAAAUCAUCAUCCUCAAAAAACAGAAUAUUACAAAUCGAAUCUCCUAAAGGCAAAGAUUACUUUGCUCAUACAUCAACUUUAAAUGAUAUAUUGGAAAAGUAUGGAUUGAUCGCAAUUCGUAGAAAUUAUGGUGUUGUUAGUAUGAUUCGAAGGUUUCGUCAAAGAGAUCAAGCCAGCACAAAGGAACCACAAAAGAUUUCAAGUUCUGGAAAUCAAAGAUGGUUUAUCAAGGUAUUGACGCAAUUUCAUUAUAGGUAUUUGAUUUGCCAACAAAAACUUUAUGUCUAUGGCACUUCACUAAAAAAUAGACAUCAGGAAAUUAUAAAUUUUUUAGAUAUUGAAUUUAAAAAUUCUCUAAAAAAAACUUAUCAAUCUUAUUGGUCUAUUAUUAAUAAAAAAAAAUCCCCUCAAUGUUUAGCGACUAAAUUAUCUAAUAGUCUUGGAUCAUCCUCAAAUUGCAGUAUUAAUAAUGAUGAUGGCUAUGAUGGAAAUUUUGAAAAGUUUAUAACAAUGACAGAGAUGGAACAACAAUUAGCACAAUUAAAUGAGCGACACUUGUUUCUUGGUACUCUUAUGGAAAGGUUUAAAUCAGUCAUUUUAGAAAAUCAAAGUUUAGACUCAUGUUUUAUGGUGUUUAGAAAUUAUAAUCUACAGACUUUAUAUGAAAGUUUACGUACAAACUUGACAAAAGUUUUACAUAAAUAUGAUAAAGUUGUUGUAGUGAUAGAUGAAUUAUCAACAAAAUUUCAAAAUCUUCUUAAACAAUUAUAUGAACAAGAUAUGCGUAAUAAAUAUGCUAUUCUAAACAAAGAAUUGUCCAGUCAGGACUACUAUGAUAUAAGUGCAGAAGGAAUAUUGGAAGCUUUGCUUGUACAAGUUCCAUACGAAAAUAUAUUUUCACGUAAAAUGACUAUUAAAAACAUGGCACAAAGACAUUUUGAAACAAUGUGCUCAGAGUAUGGAGAUCACACUGCCAGAAUUGAUUAUGAUGAUUAUUGUUCAAGUUCUAAUGAAGAUUUAUCAGAAGAUAAUUACACCAACAACCGUGGUAAUGGAAAUGGAUCAUAUAAUUGUUAUAAUAAUAAAAGUUAUUUUUAUGACAUUAAAACUGGCCAACACGUUAGUCAAGAUUAUGCAAAACAAUUUUUCAUAGAUUGGUUUGAACAAAAUUGUGUGAAAUUUUGUAAUAGGUUGUUGGAGGCGGGUGAUUGGUUGAAUGCCAUAUGCUAUAUGUUGUUUAUGGCAAAAUUACUGUUGAAAGAUGAAUGUCAUUGGGUGGAACAGUAUGAUGAAUCGGAAGGUGUUUUCACCAACACCAUUACGGAGUGGCGAUUUGAGAUUGUCGAGAGGAUUGAGAAUGAGUUGAAAAAGUUGACCAAGGAUGUUGUUGGUCCUUCGUUGAAGAAGGGUGAGUGUAUAAAUGGGGAUGAUAUGAAUAGAAUUUGGAAAACUUGGUGGUUGUAUGCUUGUUCAGAGGUUUUGGAUGGGUUGGAAACAAUUGAUAAAGUUUUAGCUGAUUCAUUGCCUUGGUCGAGAUUACCAAAUUUACUUUAUGCUUUUCUUUCUAGCACUGUAGAAUAG